GGACAGUUCGUGCACAUCGUCCUCGUCCUCGUCCUCGUCCUCGUCUUCCCCUCGCCUUACUCGUCAUCCACUCGUCUUGCCGCCGCCGCCUGAUCGGUCACGUGACGGACGUAAUGUAUUAUAUUCGCGCAUGCGUACAACACAGAGUUAUCAGUCAUAUGAUACCAUAUUAUUGUACAUAUACCAUAUUAUUGUACAUACACCAUAUUAUUGUACAUAUACCAUAUUAUUGUACAUAUACCAUAUUAUUGUACACACACCAUAUUAUUGUGUGUAUAUUAUUGAAAACUUUUUUUUUUUUCAUUAAAUAAAUAAUGAAAAAAGUGCGGUGAGAUUCGAACCCACGACCCCCGAGCUAUAGCACAGACGCUUUAACCCACUCAGCCACAAAGCCGUAAUACCAAUAAAAUGAUUCUUAACGUAUAUAGCUACGAAUAUUAUUGUACUCAUCUCUAUGUAAUAACUGGUUGAUACAUUUAUGUAUCAAGGACUUAUGUUACAUUUAAGAAUAAUAUUCUUGUACAAUUACAUUCUACAGGAAUGAAUCGUCUUGUGUGACCCGAUAGACCCUAACUAAUUGUUAACAAUAACAUUCUUCAACAAGGGUUGAGACUACACAUGUUAGGCCCUUUGUAUACAGGAAUGAAACGUCGUGUGUGUGCCUACAUACCCUAACUAUUGGUAACAUUCUUCAACAAGGGUUGUGACUAUACCCUUUGUAUACAGGCAACGACGUGUGUGUCCCGACAUACCCUAUCUAUUGUUAACAUUAUUCAACAACACUACACAUGUUCACCCCUUUGUAUAUUUUUAACCUUAAAUUUCUGUCGCCAUAACGUUCUAUGGCGAGACAUGUGUUGGACAUACCCUAUAUCUAUUGUUAACAUUCUUCGACAAGGGUUGUGACUAUACCCCUUUGUGUACAGGCAACGACAUGUGUGUCCCGACAUACCCUAUCUUUUGUUAACAUUCAACAACAAGGUUAUAAAUGUAUACCCUUUGUAUAUUUUAAGCCUUGUCCACUUACACCUUUUACGGCAGGUGUUGUUAUUCAAUUUCUCAUCUGUUGUGAUUUACUCCCACCUAAUAAUGCUACCCCCACCGAAUAAUGACUCAAAUCGACAGACGCUUGACCCUGCAAGAGCGGCCAUUUAUUCAGUGUGUUCAGAGUCUUAUACUAUACUACACGUACAUUUUUAUUUCUUGUUAGUGUUUUUUCAAGUCUUAAUAAAUUUCAAGUUUUUAUAAGUUUUUAAAAUCACUAAUAACAUGGCCGGUUCGAUCGCUGACAAUGCUGCAAUCUACAAAAAGAAGCCGUUUGCGUACGUUCCACCGUCAACUCCGGCUACCCUAAUAGAUUCUACAUCCUACACAUUGGACUUUACCUCUCGAAAAUUUUUACUUGUUGGAAUCGAUCCGACUGAUGAUUUCCAAACAGUCAUCCAUAUAUUGACUUCUUCACGUUACGUAAAGUUGUCAACAGAUUUUCUAAGACGAAUAUUCUCGCUUAUGGGUAACGUGCUAUCAUUUAUACUAGAAAUACCUACAUCAUAUAAACGAAAUACAUUUCUCGAGACAGAUUUUUUCAAAUUAUCGAGUAUGGUGUAUGUAGGAGUAAAUGUUUUAGUAAUAGAAUCUAAAACUGAGGACGGGUGUAGAGUUCUUUUGAAUCGUUCAGAUCUAAUUCAGCUUCAGAACUUGGAAUGGAGUAUUGCUGCGAGUAUACGGGAAAAAGAUAUUUUCAUCAAACCCAAAAUUAUAAAACAAAUGAACGAAUAUUCCGAGAAUUUGAUCGGGAAAAUUCUUCAAGUGGAUUCACCGCCUAAUAAUGUACGAGAAAUGCAAAUUUUCAUUAACAACCAAGAAGUUAAGCAAACCAGUGAAAACCAAUUCCUCAACCAAAUCAGAAUGUUUGCACCUAUACAAUUAACCGAACUUUGUAUGAAUCGUCUGGUGACACCAAACACCCCAGAGCCAUAUGACAUGAAUUUUAGAAGCCCGUCAUUAAUGAUACCAAGCUAUUCACCUGUCAACGCUGGUAACUACAAAUCGUACGAAGACCCCAUUAGAAGUAAUGGAUUUAAUCUGACGGAUGAGGAUUAUGAUUUAUCUAAGCCGAUAGAUCAUUUUGAUGGUCCAACGUCACCCGAUGAUAGCUGUAGCCAACAACUGUCGUUCGACGAAAAUGAUGGGCCUGAUUUUUUCAAUCUAAACCAUGCAUCGUCUCAAUUCAAGACACCACGGACAUCUCGAUCAACUAGUGCUGAACCCCAAACACCGUUGCGUAAAGUAAAACGUAGACUUUUCUAAUAAUUUAUGUAAAAUAAAUAAUUUAUGUAAAAUAAAAAAAAAGACGUGAUAUAUAAGAAAAAAGUUUUUUUAUUUAAUAAUAUUAAGGUUU